ACGACGUUGUCCCCCCAAAGCUGAAUAAAAAUUGUGACUACGAGUGCGCAGUACGCAAUUACUUCUCGUAGUCGAGAGUAGAUUUCUCCGCCACAUAAAAGAAAUGAAGCCGCCGGCAAUUCGGAACCCUGCACCGGCCAAAACUGUGGUCCACAUCGGCGGGAUUCCCGUGGAGUUCCCCUUCCCGCCUUACGGUACUCAGCUGGCUUUUAUGAAUAGGGUUAUUUCGACCCUCGAUCGCGCGCAUAGGGAAGGUCGAUCGCACGCGCUGCUCGAGUCCCCUACGGGCACAGGAAAGUCGCUUUCUCUUCUCUGCUCUACGCUUGCUUGGAAGCAGAACUUCAAGUCCAAGAAUCUUUAUUCCAAACUUACCCACUCUAAGCCCGACCCUGCCGCCCUAUCUGACCCCAUUGGUCAUGGUGGUGGAUUUAUUCCCGGAACUCAACCCUCAGGAAACCAAGAACCGGCGCCAUCAGUUGCUGGGAGGACUUCUGGGAAAAAACGGAAGGAGAAGUUGUCUCCCACUAUUUAUUAUGCUUUGAGGACCCAUUCACAAAUUUCUCAAGUGAUCAAAGAGUAUAGAAAGACAUCAUACCGAGUUCCAAUGGCUGUGUUGGCCUCACGGAAGAAUUAUUGUACAAAUAUGAAAUACCGUGGGAUGGACAAUGUUGAUGAAAAAUGCAAGUCACUGUUAAAAGAAAAAGAUGUAGGCUGCAAUGAGUUCAAAAAUGCUCAUAAGGUCAAAUGCCAUCCAUCUCUUGAGAAAGGAGGUUGCAAUGAGGUUCAUGAUAUUGAAGACCUUGUCAAAGUUGGACAAGUUGUUGGAGGAUGCUCAUAUUUUGCCGCACAAGCAAUGGCUGAAAACGCGGAGCUGGUUUUCUGCCCAUACAGCUAUAUCAUUAACCCAGUUAUUCGGAAAGCAAUGGAUUUGGAUAUCAAUGGGGCAAUUAUUAUUCUCGAUGAAGCCCACAAUAUGGAAGAUAUCUCCCGAGAUGCUGGUAGCAUAGAUGUAGAGGAAGAUGUCUUGUUUCAAUUGUUGACUGAGCUAGAGCAACUUGUGCUUAAUGAUGCAAUGACUUACAAGCCCUUGAUAGAAAUGUUGCAGGAUAUAAUUAAUUGGAUUGAUAGAAGGAAAAACAGUCUAGGGAGGCAUGACUUUCAACACUACAUAUCAUGUUGGACUGGUGAUGAUGCUUUAAAGGAGUUACAAGACGCUAAUGUGUCAAGACAGUGCUUCCCAAUAUUACAAGAGUGUGCUACAAAGGCAAUCAGAGUUGCUUCUGAUGCAGAGUCCAAUGUUCCUCAGCUCAGUGGCAAGGCAGCAACUGCACUGGAAGGGUUGUUCUCGUCGCUUAGUUACUUCUUCUCAGAGAAUGGGGCUCAUGUAUGCGAUUAUCAGCUAGCACUUCAGCGUCAUAUCAAAAGAGUUGCUGGAAGUGCUGUGAAUAUAUGGGCAAAUACAUUUAGCUUAUGGUGCUUGAAUCCAGCUGUUGUCUUCAGAGAAAUUGCUGAUCUUUCUCUAUCUGUAAUUCUUACAUCAGGGACUCUGUCACCUAUGAACUCCUUUUCAUCUGAACUCGGUGUUCCUUUUAGUACAUCACUGGAAGCUCCACAUGUUAUAGACACUGAGUCACAGUUAUGGGCAGCUAUAAUCUCCAGAGGCCCUAGAAGUUAUCCACUGAAUGCAAGUUAUAAAACCGCCGAUUCAUAUGCUUUCCAGGAUUCACUUGGUACAUCUAUAGAAGAAAUAUGCAAGAUUGUUCCUGGUGGCUGUCUUAUAUUUUUCCCUAGCUAUAAGCUGAUGGAGAAACUUAGUUGUCGCUGGCAGGAAACAGGCCAAUGGGCUAGACUUAAUGCUAGAAAACCACUUUUUGUUGGUAAGAUUUGUCCAAGUUCAUCAUUUUCUCAUCAAUGCUUUAUUUACUUGCACAUGAAGGACCUAGUUGACAACAACAACCCCAGUAAAAUCCCACAGUGGGGUCUGGGGAGGGUGGGCUUACACAGAACUUAACCUCUAAGCCUUUCAUCUCUCCCUUCCUGGAUGAACUGAUUUUUUAUCUUUGAUACCUGUGUUGUAAAGACCGACACUCCUUCAUUCGACUAAAACGAAAUAAUACGAAUGACGAAGGGGUAUUAAAAAGUAACCAACCGUAAAAAAUAAAUCUCGGUUCUCCUUCGGUCCUUCUUAAACUUAGACAAAACUUCCCAAUAAUUACAUCCGUUUACCAAGGAAGUAAACCUGUCUUGGGAAGAAAGAAAGUAAAAAAAUCUGAAAAGGUUUUAGCAGGACCAUCUGAAGGUUAUAAGAAAGAGGCUGCUUUUCUUGCAGUCUGCAGAGGAAAGGUAUUCUAU